AUGACUACGACGGCGCCCUCAAUGUCUAGUCCUACGAGCAUUAUCUGCGAUUAUUGCCUCGAGUCGAACCUUGAGUUCUACGAACCGUCCAAAGACUGCGAGGCUGCGGCCCGCGUCCUUGUCACCCUGCUCGGCAACAAGUCUCCAGACAUGGACUCUCUACUUGGCUACCUCCGUUCAUUCGGUGGCUCGGAGGUUCCGGACUGGCAAGCCUUCAACUGGUUCUUCUGCGCUCGGGAUUGCGAUAAUGCCCUGUUGAACGAAAAGUUGAUUUACCAACCACAGCGGGAGUGCGAUAAGCAGAUCUGUGCUGUCUGGGAGUGGGACGGGAAUGCUGACAUUGUUGGUGUUGGGAUGAUGGUAGUAUACGCCAUGGGAGCUAUACUCUCAACGAUGUAUCUCAUCACCUUCAUCCACGGUAUGCUGAGGGACAACAACUAUCAAAGUUUCAAAGCUCCCCAGCUCCCUCCUCAAAAUGGCAUCCUGGACGCGAUCCGGAACAUGUUCUAUCACAGCUUCGGGGCCUUUCAUUCCGGACUUGGUCUUCUGACGGCUUCGGUGUUGGUGGCUACGCUCAUCAUAGCCGGACAGAAAGAGAGCGUCUACGACAUUGAGACGUCGUUCCUCUGUUCGGCGACCCUGACCGCCAUGUUCUUCCUCACACUGCCAGCCUACCUGGACAUCGAGCAACGAUACGGCUCAGGGGUCUUCUUCGGCUUCGUAAACUGGUUACUUUUCGUCAUCUCCAUGUCAAUGAAGCCAACGGCUGCGCAGGAAGCCAAGAAGGUCAAGGACGAUGAGCCCUUCUCCUUUGAGGCCUUCUGUUGGGACAAGCAAGUAUCUGACGAGGCCGCGACGGUGACGAUCAUAGCUCUCUCCAUGGUUCCUUUGUGCGUGUUUCUGUUGGCUGGUCUGAAUGCGGCCAUUGCCCGCUGGACGAAGAGGCCGAAAGAGAGCGUUCCUGUUCUGGGUUGGCUGUUCUUCAGGAUUCCGUGGAGGCUGGCGUAUGCUCUAUACUUUUUCGUCUUCAUGUGGGCCUCCCUGGGCAGCUUGUUCAAGCUCAAGUCUGAGAUAUCCAAGCUCAACGAUGGAGGGGAGGCCAAGUCAGAGGAAAGAUGGGGGUUCGGACAGAUCCUAGCCUUGGCGACGUGGCUGCCCGUGUUCGAAGAGGCCAUCAUGGUCACGUACAAAAAUGCACGGUACGCCAACCAGCGAAGGAUGAAUGGGCAUUUCGUUGGCGUUGAGAAGCCGGUCGAGGAGGAGAGCGUCUGCCUUGUGGCUCAGACGCCCCAAAACUAUCGCGAGAUAGUGACAACGGACGAAACAGCCUAG